AUGACCAUGACUCCCAACCUCGACUUCCAGAACGUGAGUCUGGCACUCUGCCUUACCGUCUGCGCGACUCUCUCGUAUUUCACCGUCAAGUCUCCGAACCCGCCCCCCAAGAAUCCCUACCCCAAAGACCGGCUCGCGAAGAAGAUGGCCACCGUGCACUGGCGCCGCUACGCCCUGAUGUCGCUGUGGUGCUACCACAUCCUCCUGACCCUCUUCCCCGAGAACCGCUCCAGCUUCUGCCUCAACCCCGACCUCCUGAACAAGGACCUGUUCACCUGGAGCUCGUACACCGUCGUGUUCGUAAUCGCCGUGCUGGUCGCGGCCCCGAUCCGCCUCCUGUGCUUUGCCCAGCUGGGGGAGAACUUCACGUUUGAGCUCGCCAAGCCGAAGAAGCUCAUACAGACGGGCUUUUACCGAUACGUGCAGCACCCUUCGUACCCGCCACUGCUCGUGAUCCUGACGGCGAUAUUCGUCGUCGUGCAGAGGCCCGAUGCGGCCCCGGCUUGUUUCAUGCCGUCGGCCCUCGUUCGAAUGAAAGGGGUGACUGCCGUUGCCGGGUUCUUCAUGGUGGGAUUGGAAUACUACAGUCUGGCGCAGAGAGUUCAGGAUGAGGAGGAGAUGUUGCGACAGGAGUUUGGGAAAGAGUGGGAGGCUUACAGUCGUAAAACCAAAAGAUUCAUUCCCGGGAUCUGGUAG